UCGAGCGUCAAAAUCCCCGCGGUCAUAUUGAAACCACAACGACUGGACUGGACUCUCAAACAGGGACGGAUCCAUGGAUAGUCUUGAGUUAAGGACGCAGUAUGUCAUGGAAACAAUGACUUUCCUGUUUACAAAAAAGUGAAAUUAUCUGUCAUAUAUCAAAAAAGUGCUAGAAAAACGGACGAAUUCGUGUUCCCUUUAUGGAAGCAACGAGUAUCUGGCUUUGAAUUUGGCGCUCCUUGUGACGUGUUCAGUCCGUGUAGCCGGCGUCGACCGAGUGUUUUUCGAUCGCGAUCGGCGCUCAGUGUGGCGGGCGCGGCCAUAUUGGCAGUACGUGAAAGUGCAGACAAACCUAUCCCGGUGAUCAGUGCGGUGCCAGACUACUUGACUUGAAAUCCAGAAUCAUCCAAAUAUGUCCGAGAGGGAGGAUAACGUUUACAAAGCGAAGCUUGCUGAGCAGGCGGAGCGAUACGAUGAAAUGGUGGAGGCGAUGAAGAAGGUGGCGAAGCUGGACGUGGAGCUGACCGUGGAGGAGCGGAACCUGUUGUCCGUCGCAUACAAGAACGUGAUCGGUGCCAGGAGAGCCUCCUGGAGGAUAAUCUCGUCCAUCGAACAGAAGGAGGAGUCGAAGGGGGGCGAUGAUAAGCUGGAGAUGAUCCGGCAAUACCGAGGACAGGUGGAAAAGGAGCUUAGAGACAUCUGCUCGGACAUCCUCGCCGUGCUAGAUAAACAUCUCAUUCCGGCGGCGUCCACUGGUGAGAGCAAAGUCUUCUAUUAUAAGAUGAAGGGUGAUUACCACAGAUACCUAGCCGAAUUCGCUACUGGCAAUGACCGUAAGGAUGCCGCAGAACACUCUUUAGUUGCCUACAAAUCUGCCAGUGACAUCGCCAUGACGGAAUUGCCACCUACACACCCAAUCAGGUUAGGUUUGGCGUUGAACUUCAGCGUGUUCUACUACGAGAUCUUAAACAGCCCCGAUAGGGCGUGCCGGCUGGCGAAGGCGGCAUUUGAUGACGCUAUCGCCGAAUUGGAUACACUAUCCGAAGAGAGCUACAAGGACAGUACGCUUAUCAUGCAACUGCUCAGGGACAACCUCACCUUGUGGACCAGCGAUAUGCAGGGUGACGGUGUGAGGCGGAGCCCAAGGAGCAGCUGCAAGACGUAGAAGAUCAGGAUGUAUCAUAACUUGGUGCGGAGGCCGGCGCAUCGACGGCUGUUCCCCCUCACCACCCUACUGCUACGUCAUAAAACAAAAGUGUGUUACGUAUUACAUAACGCGUGUGUGUAAAGGACAAAACAACACGAAGACUGCUGUUGUGUGCGUGCGCGAACGUGUGACUGUCUGUAUGUAUGUUUGUACGUCUGUCUGUGUGCAAGUUGUUAAGGGCUGCUGAUUUUACGCUGUUGCGCGGUGCAAGUGUAUAGUGCGCCCAUGGACACUCGGAUAACCAAUGGCAGCGCGCGCGGCGUUCGGAUACAGAGUUUUGGGGGAACCUGACAAUGGGUUGCGAGAGACAUGAUAGCAAAAAGCGAGUGGUUCAUAUCAUUUCAAAAAGUUAUAAAAAUGUGUUGUACUUAGUGUUUGAUCUACCAAGUUUUAAGUUUAUCUCAAUAGCCUACUGAAACUUGGCAAAAUUGCUAUAUGGUUAAAAGAUUUUGGUCCGUCAAAAACUGGCGUUUCAUGGAUUCUUCGUUAACCACAUCAAAAGGUGUAACUAUAGGUUCAUAGUUUUACAAAAAGAAUCUACGGGGCAUACAAAAUAGUAACUGGUUAAAAAGAUGCGGUGUAUAACAAUUCAGGUUGUGGAACAUUAUUCCAAUAAUUUGGAAAUAAGCACUCUGUUGAAAGACAAGGCGAAACUUUCGUCUUUUUAACCUCUUCAUAUCUAUAAAUCUUUUCAUCCAAAACAUCAAAAAUGACGACGUAUUCAAAAGCAGGCAUCUUCAACGGUAGGCGGGUUUAGACGAAAACAGGAUGGCGGCUCGCACGAAUAUUGCCGCCAAAAUUAUUCUGAGGCAACUAUUUAAUAUUUUCCUUCUGGAGUUAUUUAAUUGACAUUGGAGAACUAUUCAAUAUUUUACAAAGUUCGUAUUUUUGUGCCUCGUGACUUAAUGGCGUUUUACCUCUGAGUGUUGCAUAACAGUGAAUACAUGGAGUUAUAGUAGUAUCAAAACUGGACAGUUGAGAGCUUUACAGAAAACUGACUGCAUACGCAUACCCUUUUUGUCUUGUUUAUGAAGGCAAGAAUGCCCUAACCUAUUUGAAUAUGUGUAUAUAAAAUUAAUAAAUAAUUUGUCCUUGAUAAUCUCAAUUUAUAGAUUCUCGAACAGCUGCUUGAAGAUCACAAUAAACGUCGAAUUCAUUCAGUGCUAAAGAAUGAAAGUUCUGUUGCACUGAAUGGUAUCCUGUACCACAUUGUAUCUCAUUAUCACUAAGAAGUUUUUAUGAAAAAAAUGAAACAAACUGAUUUACUGCACUCAACUUAUAAACUCAAUUUUUCGAUUUAAAUCCUCUUAAUUUAGACAUACUCAUAAUUUUAUGAGCAUUGCAUUUGAUGUCACAAAAGCUAUCAGCUAACGAACUGCUGUACUAUCUUAUAUUUUGAAGCUUUUUAACAUGUCUCUCGCGCCUCUACUUGCGCACCCCCAUCACCCAGCGACUCCACAUACUGUAUUAUUAUUACUAUUAGCUGUAAUGAUAUGAUUAUUCUGUAAUCGUUUUUUGUCUCCUACAUACAUCUACAUGUCCCGAGUACCCACCCCUAUUGUCCAUUUUAUCCCCUAAAUAUAUACAUGUAAUGAAAUUCAAAAUACCUCCUUCUCGAAAGCAAAUUGCUAUCUGAUGAUUAGAAGAGCGAAAGAGGAAAUUUAUAGUGCGGUAGAACAAUGUCUUGUGUCUAACAUUAAGCAGAGCCAGUCAGUAGAAAAGAUUCAGUUUUGAAUGAUAGUAUGGCAACACAAAAAAUUGAAAAAUCAAAAGGUACAUCUGGCUCUUGUGCAUCAUUUCUGCUGGUCAGUUUUUUUGCUGUAACAAAUAUCAAAUACAGUAGCACAGUAUUAAAUUGGGGAUGGUUAUCCAGUUCCUAAUAAUAUCUCCUCGUGUUCUAAAUUUUUUGAUACUAUUUAUCUUCUCGCAUAUAUAGACCUCUACCCUGCCCUUGUUCCAAUUUACUCCGACUUUAUGUACCUUACAUAUUGUCCAAAACUGUUAUCUGUUCACAGAACUGGCUCCUUAUUAAAAAUAUUUCUUCAAAAAAUUACAAAAACAAAAUAAUCCCGCUUUUUUAGGCGUAUACGUACAUUACAUCAGAAUUGAAAUUCUUGAGUAUGAUUCAUAAUAGAAUUGUAUUUUUAUUUGCUGAGAAUGGAAUUGCGCAAACGUGUUGUAUUGCAAGAGUCAGUCCAAAGGAAACUACAAAACAACCAAAUCAUUUAUCUAGAAUCAUAACGUUCAAUGUCAAACAUUUGAAAUUAUGCUUUCUGUCAUAUACUCAUGCAGAGGCUAAUUCAUAAUGUUUCUGUAUACGAAAUUAGGUACAAAAUAUUAAUCACAAUAAACACCUAUAUGUGGGAUAUAAGGUGAAUGACAAAAUUUCAAGUUUGGUUGGCUCUAAAAAUUUCCUGGACUAAUGUGAAAACACAACUGUUUUUUAAAUACAUAAUAAACCUUCAGUAACGACCAACAUAAGAAUAAGUGUGUCUCAUCUACUUUUAUUGCUCUUUUUUUUACAACUUUAUAGAACUACGCUUAGAGAGACUAUCUUUUGCCUUCUCGUCGUUAUCAUAGAGAUAGAACUGUUGUUAUUUUUUUACAAUUUGAUUUUCCGUUGUUCAUUAUUUUAAUUUUCGCAGACUUUUCGAACUUUCCUUUGUACAUGUUUACACGUUUGUAAUCGCGCGUAAAGGUUUCGUAAAACAAAAAAGCAUUCCGAAUUUGCAUUUUCUCUAUUAAUCAAUGUUUUCUCUUAAGUACUUAAUAUAUUUUCACGUCAAACAUGCACCAUUGACACAACAGAAUUACAUACAGAGGGAAGAUGAAUAUGUCUUCAUCUCAGUAUUACUGUUGUGACGGUAGUAUGGAAUUUGAUAAUGUGAAAGUAAAAAUUCGCAUAAUAUAAAGGCUGAAACUUGAUGUUUUGACUCUUUAUUUGCUGCCACUUCUUUUAUACAAUGUUAUCUGACAUAGACCAAGAAAGAGAGUUUAGCAACAACUCCAUGAUGACUAAUCAGUUUUUUCCUGUUGAUCAAAGUUUUAACGAUGCAUGAUCAUUAUCAGUAACCAUUAUGCCUCAGUGGCUGAUUAAGAUGUGCAAAUUAAUACAUUUCUGACACCAGAUCACUUCUUUUUUCUUUGCUGUAUAAAAUCUAUGCUAAGCUCUGAAUCAGUCGUAUCAGAUUUUUCAUUAUACAUCUGUUGGAGGCCUACACUGAUUUAGUCAAAAUGUCAAGAUGUGAGGUGUGGAUAUAAUACAAUUAAGAAAUUGAAAGUUGCAUUUUAUGCUAGAAAAAUCUCUCCCAAAUAUUCAACAAUAUCUAGAUUUCUUGAAAUGGUUCCUGAUAUUCAUUUUCAAAUACCUGGUUCUUCCAUAAAUUAACCUAUUCUUCCUGAAUAUAGCUAACUUAAUACUGUAUUCCAGCAUCGAAAACGUUAUCAGAGAUGGAAUAUCUAUCAGGUCGGCUAUCUUCAGUAAAAUGCGUUAAUCAAUGGUUCUACGUAUUCUUCAUAUCAUAUUCCAAUACACCUCAGUAAUCAAAUCUGGCUACUCAGAGUAUUCCAUUUCCUAACUUCAAGUGCCACAUCUCGCAUUUUCCUGCAUCUCUUGUAUGUUAUUGAGAUGGACAAUUUUAUUCAGUAAACUGGCAGAUUUUUUGCACUAAAUGGACGGCUGUACUUACAAUAGUAAUUCACAGUUACACUGCCAGGUAACGUGAGUGUAUCACAAUAAAAGGUAUCUAAUGGGUGAAACGUUGAUUUGUAAACGUUUUUACAUCGUGGUAUAGUUUUUUAAAUCAUUUUUUGUUUUGCAUAUUUUUAUUGUGCGCAUGAUUGUAAACAAAGCUGUGUAGAUUGAUAUAAAAUUUGAUGUAUUAUUAUAAAAAUGAUUAAAAUCU